AAAGUUUAGCGGCCAAAAACGCUGGAACGCAGUAUACCUGCAUUGCUGCCUAUUGUCGUCCUGUGCUAUGGGUUCUGAUGCCGAUUAAAUCGACACAGACGUCUCGAGUUAGAAGUUGAGUUCUUGCAGUGUAUCAUUAGCACAUUGUUUCUUCAGUUGAUCCAGCUAGGCUGAGUAGUGGAAACAGGAUUAAUACGUUCAGCCAAAUUUCGCAUGCCGUGGUGAACUGUUGUCAUUGCUGUUUGAGUGCAUAUAGUGAGACUUCAAAAUGCUGAUACAGACAUCUGAUUUGGAAGCAUGUUCAUUUCAAAACUGGUAUCCCGUCUUCAAGGAUCAUACUAUAAAUUCGAUUAUAAUUUCAAUCUGCAAAGAUGUUGUCAGCUAUUUGUUAGAAGACUCAACUCUUGUUCUUCCGGUAGAAGUCUGUAGUAGUACUUCAAACAAAUAUUCUGAUCAUGAAGGUGAUUGUCUGGACUUUGACCAUGAUGAAGAAGCUCCCUCUGAAGUAAAGCAACCUAGUUUUCCUGCAUUCAGCAAAGCUCUGAAGGAUGGUAUCAACCAACUUGGAGGUGAAGUUUUCAUGAAGCUGAAUUGGAGUGCCCCAGUGGAUGCUGCAUGGAUAACACCUACAAAGUCCUUGAAAUGCACGACAAUUGAGGAUAUUUAUCUUCUCUUAAAGAGCUCUGAUUUACUUGUAAAGGAUUUGAUGUGUAGUAUGCAGCAGCAGCCUCCAAGAAGUGUGAACAGCUGCAUUGUUCUCAGGAAAUGGCAAAAUAUGGACCCAGGAAAUGAAUUCCGUUGUUUUGUAUGCAAGCAGCAAUUGAUUGCUAUUUCUCAGCGUGACUACAAAGUAUAUUAUGUUCACUUAGCUCAAAGUAAAUACCAGAUAAUGGAAGAAAUUGCCAAGUUUUUCAAGGAAAAGAUAAGUGGAAAUUUCCCUGUACCUAACUACACUUUUGAUGUUGUUAGACAUUCUAGCAACAAAAUACAGAUAAUAGAUUUUGGUCUAUUUAACCCAAAAAGGACAAUGCCACUGCUCUUCACUUGGGGAGAUCUGUGUGCAAAGGAAAGAAAUCUGAAUGCAGAGAUUCCAACAAUAGAAUUUCGGAUUCUUGGUGAAGAUCCAGGAAUCCUGCCAAAUCCACAUGCUCAUUAUGGUAUUCCUCAGGACUUCAUUAGUAUGCGUGCGGAUGGAAAUGAUUCGUCUGUAAUGGACUGCGUUGUUGAGGAAGUUGAGAAUCAGGGAUUGAGAGAAGCCACUGAAGAUGACUCAUAAAAUGCUUCCUUAUUAAGUGAUUUUAAAAAAAUAAUAUACUGAGACAUGGGAUGCAUUGAUUGUAAUCUCCAUAGAUAAGCCCAUAUUAUUUGUAUUUCUCUGCAUUUAAUGUCUCUUCUAGCUCUGGGUUUUCAAAGUGUGACCCAAAUCAAAUGCUCUGUGCCUCAUGGCAAUGGAUUGACAUUUUCUGAUGUAUUUGCGAAAAAUCUUUUUUUAUUUGUAAUGAUGAAUAAAACUGAAAUUCUGAAAUCUUGCUAGUUAGCAAUAGUUUGUAUAAAAUUAUGUACUAUAGGUGGUGCUGCAUUGGACACCCUUACUACCACUGGCAUUGAGCAGGAGUAUAUAAAUUGUGAUUUUCAUUUACAUUUUGUCAGAUACUUUGUGACAGCUGUAACCUGAAGUUGAAGUUCUACAAAAGAUGAUAAUCUUUUUAUUGUCAUCCUCUGCAUCAUUGGGUUUUUAGCUCAGGUUAAAUACUGUACAAAUCACACAAUAAAAACUCUGUAUUUUA